UUGGUUGCCCCGGCAACCAGGGCCUGCUAGGUGGCUGCCUUCUUGGAGUUCAAGAGCUUGCUGCCACGCUGCCCUCAACCCGAAACCCCCAGGGCCUUCUGAGCGAGCGCAAGACUCCUGCCUUGUGGAAAGGAAGCCCCGGGACAACUGCAGGGAGAAUGGCCGUGCCCUGGGAGGAAUAUUUCCGACUGGCCUUGCAAGAGAAAGUGCCCGACCCCUCCAGGAAGAUCCCAGAGCACAAUGUGGAUGACAUCCCACCAGUGCUGCGCCUCCUGGAGAAGAGGCAAGAGCUGAUGGAUGCGGACCGGGACCUGCAGGCCCAGAAGGAGGUGUUCCAGGCUUUGACGGCAGCCCAGAAACAGCGCCGGGAACAGUUGGAACAGAAGGAGCGGGAGCUAAAGGGAUCUUUUGUCCACUUUGACAAGUUCUUGCAGGACACCGAGGCCCGGCGCAGCCGCGCGCUGCAGAGGGCGGCAGAGGAGCGGCUGCAGGCGAGCCGCCAGGAGGCCGAGGCACAACUGCUUAGGGUCCAGCUGGAGGAGCUGCAGCGGGAGCGCGCGCGAUUGCAGCGCCGGGUGGAGCGCCUGGAGCCCUGCGCGCGCCUGCUGGGCCAAGUGUUGGAGCAGCUGCCGGAGUUCCAGGACGUCCCCGAGCUGGUGGCGCGCUUCGACGGCCUGGCCGAUAUGCAGGCGGCGCUGAGGCUCACGGAGCGCCAGCGGCAGGCGGAGCUGGAGGAAGCCCGCGCGCGGCUGCAGAGGCUGCGGGACGCCGGGCAGGACGAGCUGCUGGGGCAGAGCCAGCGGCGAGCGCAGCUGCUGGAACGCCUGGAGGUUGCGAGGGAGCGAACGCUGAGCUGGGAAUCCAAGUGGAUUCAGAUCCAGAACACGGCGGCUGAGAAGACCCUAGUCCUGGGCCGCAGCAGAAUGGCCGCGCUGAACCUGUUCCAGCUGGUGUGCCAACACAAGGCACAGCCCCCCGCCCUGGCCAUUGAGGACACCGAGGGGCAGCUGGAGCAGGUGAAGCUGUUCAUCCUGGACCUCUCUGCCAUGCUGGCCAGUCUUCGUCAGGCAGAGCCCACACCUGCCUCCCAGCCCUGA